AAACAAUUCGAAUAAAAAAUGAACUAAUAUAACUUUUUUGGCUGCAUUCUAUUUUUGAUAUUCGUAUUAAUUUUAAAUGUUAAAUGUUAAAUGUUAAUGUUCUGUUCUCAGAACUCUAAAGUUGUAUAUCCAUUGAGAAUGGGUAAUCAAAAUUUUAUGAUUUUGUUAAUAUGUCUUUAUGUAAAUAAAGUAUAUACAUAUACAUACAUAUAUUCUUGACGAGCCGAGUCGUCUGUCUAUCUAACUGUCCACAUGAACUGGCGUGAUCUCAACAGUAUUUAUUAGAGCUGUGGUCUACGUGAUCGAAAGUUAUAAAUAUUGUUCCCACUGUGCAUGGGUAGAAAAUGUUGCUGCCCAACAAAGACUACAUCCGAUCUGAAUAUUUUUCAAGUGAAUACGUUUGAGUAGCAUAGAUAUUCAUUGCUAUAUACUUUUCGUCGUAAAUUCAUAAGUCUCUAAUUCCAAUUCAAACUUCACUGUAUUAGUUUGCACUGCCAUUUAUUUAUGCAAUAGAUUGAUAAGAUUGUACUACCUGGGUAUAAUUCUAGGAAAUCGGCAAUAGCUUCAGUGCUCAGCAGUCUGUCAAAUCGAAAAGUUGACUCUUUGCUUCUCUUGUAUAAUUUCUAUAUGCUGUUGAUUCUCUGAUUACUCACGCAAAAGGAAAUCAGAUAGCCGAAAUGGCAAACAUGUUUCAAGAUAGCUCAUUCGAAGAGGUUGUAGACUACGGAGCCUUUGGAACGGCCGUUAGAUGCAAAUGGAAUGUGAAGCCUCUAAAUUCAGUCGCACUUGUACAUAGCGCAUUUGAUAUUAAUUUAAGUGAUACAGAAUUGCUGCUUAGUCUCAAUCAUAAGAAUGUUGUCCAAUAUGUUAAAAUUUACCAUGAUCACCUACUACUGGAAUAUGCGGACUGUGGAUCACUGCAGCAACUGCUGCACGGCGACGAGCAAAGGGAAUAUUCAUUACGUAAUGCCCUCGAUUGGAUGCAUCAGGCAGCAAAGGGUUUUAGGUACUUGCAUCUAUGGAUUCAUCCCACAUCGACAAAUUAUAAUUUGACGCCUAAUUUUCUUAUGUUAACGAAUAAUUAUCGCCAUUUAAAGAUCCUUGUACUACCCAGUAAAUGUAAGAAAUAUUCACCGUUGGCAAGAAAAAAUCAAAGAAUAGAUUAUACAGGCAGCACUGAUAUAUGCAAUAUAGGUAUCACCAUUUGGGAACUAUUAACGCGUAAAAAGCCCUUUUACCACACUGAUUAUACAACGGAUGAAAUAUUUGAGGCGGUGUUGAGAGGUAUUUUAAUUGAUAAUAUCAUAUAUCAUAUUACUGUUAUCAUUGUUUACUUAGGAGAACGCCCGGAAAUAAACAAUAUAAAAAUAUCAAUCACCGACGACUUAAAGAGGUUAAUUCAACACUGUUGGGACUCAAAUCCAUAUAAGAGACCCUAUAUUCAAGAGGUCAUACAUACGCUGAAUCACAUCCUCUCACAAGAGGAUUAUACAGAUUUUGAUCAACUAUUAAAGGCUAAUAUCGGAGCAAUCGUAGACUUUGAGGAUAUCAAGAUCUGCAAGAAAAUCAGAGAAGAUCCCUUUGGUGCUUCCCACAAAGCCAUGUGGUUUGGUAAGGAGAAAACUGUCAGAAAAUUCAAGGACAUCACCGAUCAAUGGCUUCAAAAUCAAUCAUUUGUACAGGAAAUAAGAAGGAAUAUUGAGCUAAAUAAUAAAUACUUAGUUCAUAUUUAUGGCGUCUCAAUAGGUAGCGAGUCAGUAUAUUUAAUAUCAGAUUACUCAGAUUGUGGAACUUUGCUCGAUUAUUUACAUGGUGAAGAUCAGAGGAAAUAUUCGGUAAUUUGUGCCAUUAAUUGGAUUACGGAUGCUGCCGAGGUAUAUUUAUAUAAAUAUAACAUCUGAUAUCAAAGUUUGUAUUGCUAUCGAAAUCAUUUAUCGAUAUACCAUAUAUAUCGGAAAAUUAUUUCAAAACGGAACAGUAUUGAUAAAGCAAUAUAAAUAUAUAUUUAAUAUUUCUCCUCUCUUCAAUGAUUUUGUUUAACAAUUUCACACGGUUGAAAAUUAGUGAUUAUUGUUGUCCUCUCGACGCUGAAAUUAUGUUGAAGUCCACUUCGGAAGUAGCCUAUAUAGCACCAGAGGUUGGUAUAUAUUACAAUCAGCUCCCAAUUAUAUAAAAUAUAUACAUUUGCAUGUACAAAUCCUUAGGUGCUUCGAACAAAAACAUUUACAUACCAGAGUGAUGCAUAUAGCCUUGGAAUUAUCUUGUGGGAGGUUCUCGCACGGAAACAGCCCUAUUACACUUUCAUGGAUGUUCUUCCACAAAGCCUAUUGAAAAUGAUUCAAGGUAAGAAAUUUUAGACCGCUUAGAAACUAUUGUAAUAUUUAAACAGUU